AGAGCUCAGCCAAAUUUGCCUUUCUUCUUACGAGUUCGAGACUCUCGAUUUCUCUGUGAAAACAAUGGAAGAGAAUGAGGCGAAUGCAUCACCAUCAAACCCUAAGACGACGCAAGAGCUAGCAGUAGAAGGCCAGAAGCAUCUUGAAGAGACGAUAGAGUCAGCUUUCCAGAUCCUCUCCUCCAUGAACGACGAGCUCUGCAACCCCCUACUCUGGUCCACCAAUUCCUCUGCCGCCGCCGCUGCUGCUACCACCGCAAACGGACAUUCUUCACUCUCAAACGGCGUCGUUCAUAGCGAUUCGUCUUCUUCUGACAACACUAAUACCCAAAAUCACGGAGACUCGAGCGGCGGCGGCGGUCCUGGUAAUGGCGGAGCUCUUGAGGAGGCUCGGUUUCGGUAUAAAAACUCUGUGACGGCGCUCCGGGCUGUUCUGGCAGAAAUUCCUAAUUCUCAGAAGGCAACAUCUGAAACUGGUUCCCCUGCGGAUGAAACUGAAAUUGAGAAGUUAGAGGAGAAAGCCUCCAAUUUGAGAAAGGAGCUUGUGAAGAAAAAUGCAUAUAUCAAGGUUCUUAUAGAUCAGCUACGAGAUAUUGUCACAGACAUAUCAACCUGGCAAAGUCCUUGUUCCGUCUGACUUCAAAAGCACAGUGUGUCUUAGAAUGGAUGCUAAAAGUUUCUGGAGAAGGUGAUGAUACUUUUUUAGGGAGUUUGAGAAUCUGUGAAGAAUUUCAUGAGAAUAUAAAAUGAGAGAUACAGUAGUGGAGGUUUGUUACUCCUGAUACAUUUGAUAUUAAAGAUAUCAGAUUAGCUUGAUUCUCGUUUUAUUGGCAUGUAUCAUUUAUGAAAUCAGCCAUGCUGUUUAACCAUUAAUGAAAAUUGGGCUAGAUUUGCAUCAA